GUACAUUCUGUGUUGUCAGAUUAUCGUUUCUUUUCAAACGUUUGUGGAGUUUUAAGAAUCAUAUAUUUAUUUGUGUUGAUAUUUUAAGUCAAAACAAAACCAGGACGUAGAGGAAUAAUGUUGGCGUUUGUUUUUGUUGUGUUUUUGCUGGCUGCUAGGACAACAGUUGUUUAUAGCUUGAAUUUCACUUUGUCAAUGCCACGAGUUGUAUUAGGAGUUACAGGGAAACUCUUCAUGUCAUGUAACGUUACAGAAAAAGAUGUUUCUAGCAUAUAUCUUAUACAAAUACGGCGAGAAAAAAUUUCAGGGUGGGACACGAUAGCAAAAAUCAACGCAGUUGAAAGUGAAUAUCCGACUUUAUGUAAAGGCAUUGUGGGUGACAAGGAUUUUAUUGUCGGCGGAAUGUUAGAUAAAGAAAUCCCACCCAACACUCAUCUAACUUUAGAUAUGAACAUUUUGACAAUGACAUUGGAUGAUGCUGGAGUAUAUAGAUGUGAGAUGUCCUAUAUAAAUAACAUUACAGGGAGCGGUGUCAACGUAAAAAGAAACGCUACGCUUUUAAUUGAAGAAGCCGAAAAUAAAACUGAAGGACUAGCAGAUAUUUCAGACAACGCACAUAAAUGUAUCGAAUGUGACACCAGAAACUCUUCAGUGACUGUCGGUGCAAUCUUGGGAGUAACAAAUAUCUUGACAAUAUUGUAUGCAGCAUAUUUGACAGUUGUUAUAAGAAGGUCACGAUCAAGUUCCUUUGGCGAUGGAAGCUUAUGCCACGGAAGACGUGAACCGUAAGUGAAACUUGUAAGACAUCUUGGUCUUCGCUCCCGACUCUUGCAUUUCAAAUAUAUCAUAAAAACAUUCAGUUAUAAAGAUACAUGUACUUUAAAGCUUUGGACCAACCAAACAUAUGAAUAGGAAAACUGCUUUAUAAAUACAUAAAACCGUUUGUUAUUUGCUAACAUCACCAU